AUGGCGGUCAAGGGCACCCCAGAGUUCUGCCUAUUUGGGAUCAUGGAACUUUCCUUAAAAGUCUUGUCAAAAGAAGUACUGAAACCAGAACAAUUACCCAAGGUUCUUCAGAGAAAUGACUCCCAGCGGGUCACUGAUAGAACCUAUUUCAUUGAUGGUUCCAACCAGGGUCUGAAAACCAUCCCAUCAGAGAUUUUGGCAUUGAAAGAAAUAGAAGAACUGCAUCUGGAGAACAACCAGAUUUCAGAAAUCCCCCAGGACAUUCAGAAUUUAAAGAAUGUCAAGGUCCUCUACCUGCACAAGAACAAACUGCAGGGUCUAAGCCCGGAGCUGGGGUUUCUGAGCAGCCUGGAGUCCCUGGACCUGAGUGGCAACCCGCUGCUCUACUCCUCCCUGCGGGUACUCAGUUGCCUGCGCACGCUUCGGGAGCUGAGGCUCUACCAAACCGGCCUGAGAGAGGUUCCCUCGGUGAUUUGCAAAUCGCUGCACCACCUGGAGCUGUUAGGGCUGUCCGGGAACAAUCUGAAAUCGCUGCCCAAGGAAAUCGUGAACCAGAGCAAGCUCAAGGAGAUCUACCUGAAACACAAUCAGUUCUCGGCUUUCCCUAGCGAUCUCUGUGCCCUUUUCAACCUAGAGGUGAUCGAUCUGGACCACAACAAGCUUAAAGCCAUCCCGGAUGAAAUCGGGAACCUGGUGGGGCUGCAGCAAUUCUACGUGGCGUCUAACAACCUGCCUCUUCUACCGGAGUCUCUGAGCCGGUGCACCAAGCUGUUGGUGCUGGAUUUGACCCAAAACCUCCUCCACUCCCUCCCGCCCAGCCUGCAGCUGCUCACCGAGCUCAAGGAAGUCGGGCUGAGUGGGAACCUCCUGGAGAAGGUGCCCCGCCUCCUGUGCCGCUGGUCGGCGCUGAACCUGCUCUACCUGCGCAACACGGGCCUGCGCGGACUUCGGCGCUCCUUCAAGCGCCUGGUCAACCUGCUCUUCCUGGAUCUCAGUCAGAACCACAUUGACCACUUCCCCGCGCAGAUCUGCGCGCUCAGGAACCUGGAGAUCCUGGCGCUGGACGAUAACAAAGUGACACAGUUACCAUCGACCAUGAGCUCACUUUCAAAACUGAAGAUACUUGGACUCACAGGGAAUGACUUUUCAUCCUUCCCAGAGGAAAUCUUUUCCUUAGUGUCUCUGGAGAAAUUAUACAUCGGACAAGACCAGGGAUCCAAGUUUACCUACCUGCCAGAAAACAUCAAGAAAUUGCAGAAGCUUAAAGAGCUAUAUAUAGAAAACAAUCAACUGGAGCAGCUGCCUGCGUCCUUGGGGUUAAUGCCAAACCUGGAAGUUCUUGAUUGUCGGCAUAAUCUUCUUAAGCAACUCCCAGACGCCAUUUGCCAUGCACAAGGUUUGAGAGAGCUGCUGCUGGAGGACAACUUACUCACCCGCCUCCCGGAGGACCUGGACCACCUGGUGAACCUCAAGGUCCUAACGCUGAUGAACAACCCCAUGGAAGACCCCCCAAUGGCAGUGUGUGCCCAAGGCAAAGAUGCCAUAUGGAACUGCCUGAAGGAAAAUAGACUUAGGAAAAUAAUGGCCAUGAAGGUUCAGGCAUGGUGGCGUGGAACCAUGGUGCGGAAAGGAUAUGGGACUUUUGAAGAGCUACAGAGAGCCCGAAGAAAAGGGAAAAACUCUCCAAAAGAUAAGAAAGGGAAAAAGGCUGCUGCCAAAGGAGCGCGACGGGGCUCGCUGGGGCAGGAAGCGCCACAGGGGACGCCGUGCGACCCCGCGGUCCCGUGUCCUCCCCGGAACGGCCUCACCCCGGCGCCGGGGCCUCCGAGGGCUGGGGCUCGGGAACCAGCCGGGUGUCUCGGACGCCCCGGCAGGGCUGAGAGCCGGGGCUCGGUGCAGCCUGCCGUCACCGGACCCACUCCGCGACCGCCUCCGCCGCCCCGGGCGAGCUCGGAGCCCGCACCCGCGGAGAGCCUCCCGCAGCCCGGAGCCCGCGGCGGGUUACGUAACGGGCCGCGAACAGCCGCGCUCUCGCGAGAUUUACGCCGCCUCCCCGUCCAGGCUCCAAAUCAGAAGGAACUGGGCGGAGCGGCCGACAUGGCUGAACGCAGGCGACUCAAGAAGCGGAUCCAGGUAGCUCGACAGGAGCCGUGGGUCGGGGGCCUGGGCGCGCCGGGAGGCGGAGGGAGCGGGGAAGACGUCCGAGCGGGCGGGCGGCGGCAGGAUGUCUCGGGGGCAGGAUGCCGUGACGGGCCUGUGGCGGGGCGGUGCUGCCGGCCGCUCGUCCGCGGGGUCUGCGGGGCGGCGGGGAAGGAAGGGAGGGAGGAGGAGCGGCGCUCGGAACCCCGCGCCCGGCCCCGCGUUCCUGCGGCGGCGGCGGGCCUGGCACUGCGCGGCGAGACCGGCCUCCUCCGGAGCGCGCACGCGGGGCUCCGGGCCUCCCGUCCCUUCCCGUUUUUCUUGGCGCUGCCGAAAUUAAGGCCACGGUGGCUGGGGUGGGAGGCGGCGGAGGGCGGAACCGAGGGCCGAGCCGCUGCUUUGUGCUCCCGGUCACCUGCCCCGGGCCCGGCCUGCGAGCUCCCGGUGCAGAUGUUAGGUGGCGGCGGCCCUCCCCUCCCUCUCUGGAGUUCUUUUAACCGCACAGCCUACUGGACGCUCGCCGGCUUUCUUCCAGGCGACGCGAUGUAA